AAAACUGGAGGAAGACAUGACCAUGUUGGUGCAGAGUGCUGAGGAGAGAGAGAGGGGGCGAGCAAGCAGAGGGAGUUUACUCAUUCGUUCUUCAGCCUCCUCUCCUGUUAAAGGGACAGUCUGUGUUUUGCUCUCAGCAUGUCUGAAUGUGAAACAGCUGGAACCAAACUGGUGUCUGUGGACUUUGAGAUCUUCGGUCAUGUUCAGGGAGUCUGUUUCAGAAUGUACACAGAAAAGGAGGGUCUGCAGCUGGGCCUGGUCGGCUGGGUGAAGAACACCUACAGUGGGACGGUGGUGGGACAAGUCCAGGGUCCAGCUGAUAUGGUGGAGGAGAUGAAGGUGUGGUUGAGUAAAGAAGGAAGUCCAUCCAGUCGGAUCACCAGAGCCUCCUUCACCAAUCAGAGAAGCAUCGACAAGCUGGAGCUGUCAGGCUUCAAGACCCGCUUCUGACCAACUCAUCGAAGGAUCUUGAGGAACUCUCCAGACCUGUGUUAGACCUAACUGUUGUUCAUUUCAGUUCAAUUUCAUAGCCAAGCUCCUGUCAAAGUUCAUUAAUGAAGACUGAUAAAUAACUUAUUGUAGCCAGA